AUGGGAAGAGGGAAGGUAGAGGUAAGAAAAAUAGAGAAUUCAUCGAGCAGACAAGUGACGUUCUCAAAAAGAAGAAAUGGGUUAUUGAAGAAAGCAAAGGAAUUAGCCAUUCUCUGCGAUGCUGAAGUUGGGUUGAUCAUCUUUUCCUGUACUUCCAAGAUCCAUCAUUUUGCCAGCUCCAGCAUGAAAUCUGUUAUAGAACGUUACAACAAGCUUCGAGAUGAACAUCACCAUCAACUACUUAAUCCUUCUUCUGAAUUGAAGUUUUGGAAAAAAGAGAUAUCAAGCUUGAGGCAACAACUGCAGUACUGGCAAGACUACCACAGGCAAUUGAUGGGGGGAGAACUGUCUGGUUUAAGCGUCAAAGAUCUACAGAGCCUAGAAAACCAGUUGGAAACGAGUUUGAAAAAUGUUCGCAUGAGAAAGGACCAAAUUCUAACAAAUGAAGUCCAAGAGCUAAACCGCAAGGAACGCCUCAUUCAUCAGGAAAAUCAAGAACUACAUAGGAAGGCAGACCUUAUUUGUCAAGAAAAUAUUGAACGUCAAAGGAAGGUACACACCACAAAUUAGCCAUUUUUAUCCUCCUCGCAACACUAAGCAGCCUACAAAUUUUGGGUCACAGGAAGCAAAUGAAGGCUUCAAG